AUGAAGAGAAUCUAUGUGAAACACGUGGUUGAAGGUGGCGCAGCGGAAAAAGCAGGAAUCCGUGUUGCGGAUCAAAUCGCUGAAGUUAACGGCAUUAACCUCGUCGGCGUCACACACAACUUUGCUGUUCAAACUCUUCGAAACACGGAUGAAGUCGUGGCCCUCCUGAUUGCCAGAGAGCAAGUCGAAGAAGUCGAGGACUCUGAACUUUACCAAGCUGUUCUUGGUGCUAAAACAGAGACUUUCCCAGACUUUCGAGAGGCUGCUUCCAAAAAUAGCCGCGAGAGUGCGCCGAAAAGUGCGCCACCUGUUAUCCGAUUUUCACAGCAAGACAACUACGAUAACAAACAAGAGGACCGACUGCAAAACACACACGCUGACAAGAUGGGUUUUGCUGAGCUGAAGAAUGCUCCUCCAAUGCAGAUCAAAUUCCCAACAGACGAGAAACCAAGCUUCGAGUCAAUCGACGAGAUGCUCGACCACGUCGUCACCCUCGUCGAGCUCCUGCCCGGCGUCAACUUUCAAGACUGGGACUUCCGAGAGAAUCACAUGAGCGCGCCAUUGGAGAUUCACACGAUUGAGGAGCAGUUCGGCCGACGAGUUUUCUUCCGAAUGAACACCGACAUCGUCACCGCCAAGCUUUCCGUCGACUUCGAGAAGGAACAUGUUUCUGUUGAGUUCUUCAACACUAUCAUCUAA